GACUGGGACGCGCAGUCAGCUACAUACUCAGUGUUAGUGUGCAAUGCACAGCUGUAUGCUUGCAUCAUGCUAAGUGUAUUUGAGCAUAUAUGGGUUAAAGGCCAGCUCGUUAACCUACAUUUAGCUGUUAGUUGUAGAUGCAUUGGAGGUCUUACUACACAUGCCUUAAAAUUCCUCCUAGAGGUUCCUAUUUUGUCCACACAUCUUAUAAAGCAUCACAGGAAUGCAGCUGGCUGGGAAAAUAUGCAGCCAAGCAAAGUCAACUCUGUAAAGAGGCUACAGAAAUAAUCAGGCCUUUCUGGUUUGUGUCAGAUUCACUUUGAAAGCAACUGGGAACAUUAAAAUGGUGGACAUUGUAGCGCAAAAAAUGCCUGCAGAAAGUGAAGUUCAUGUGGCCAGGAAUUUUCUCACGAAGAUUUUGAGAAGUUCUAUGAGGAGGAAUGAAUCUUCAUGUAGACCUCAUUCCUGGCACUCCUCAAAACCCACAGAUAACCCUACUACAGACGUCCCUAAAUCUGAACUCAACCCUGCAGCUGAACCUACUUGCCAGACACAAUAUGAUGCAGGUUCACCUACAAAAGGCUACACCAGCUGUUGGGGACAGACAAAUCUACGACAAGUGCCAUGCCAUUUCAGCUCAGUGGGAAAUAUGGAAAGUGUAGAGCCCUCAUCUCAUGCUUUCUCAAAAGAGCCAGCAUUAUCGAACAAGCUCAACGGUGUAGGAGACCACCCAGCAGUUGAGAAGGGUGUCAACAAACCUACCUCUGCAUGUAAUGCAUUUUUGUCAGGCACAACUGACCACAGUGCACCUCGGGUUAUCAUCCCUACAAAGGGUAUGUUUUACAGAGGCAGUCUGAGUGAGCUUGGAGUUUCCAGUGAUUGCCACAGAUACCUGCAGAUUCCCAUGGGCAAUGGUGGACGAGUGAGUCCCAGCGUGGAGGAUCAAGCUGGCUCUAAAUUCUCCUCCUCUGGGAGAUCAAACCAUGGGCCUGUGUGGCAUAUUCCUGAGAAUAUGUUGUUAACUAGUGCAGCUUUACCUGCACCACCUCCUCCACUGCGUAGUGAUAGUUUCACUGCCACCAGAGUUCAUGAGAAGACCUUGGUGGGGUCCUUUCCUGAAGGACAUUCUGCUUUUCCACAACAGAAAUCUCACUGUAGAGCUGUGGACCGACAGAUUGAUGACCACCAUGCCAGUGACAGAGGACAUGAAGCGAGACGUAGCUAUAACCCCGCUCCAAAGAAGGACUUUCUUCAUCCAUAUCUUUCAGUUGAGAACUACAUCCCAAAUCAGCAAAACCCUAACAAACAAUUUUCCCAUUCAAGCACUGAUGUAAGACAAGGUCAGAAUCCAUUUACAUAUGAGGUUCAGCAUCAGAGACAACAUAGCGAUGAGAGUACUUUCUCCGUGUACCCUGGUACUACAGUCACUUCCAAGACCCAGAGUGUUGGGAGCUACUACCGAAGCCUUCAAGAUUUGCCAACCAAUACUGGCAGUCUAAAUAAUGCCAGAACCUUAACAGCUUCCCUCUCAAACACAGCUUUUGAUCACAACCAUGAAGGCCAAGCUCAUUUCCGUUACUACUGCAUCACUGCCCAGCAGCCAUCCUUGGAAUCAUCUUCCUCCCCACAGGGAUGGAUGGAAGAUGAACGUGGGUCAGAAAUGGGAACUACACAAAGUGUCACAGGAAGAAGCUUUGUUUGUUCUCAGAAGUUCAUAAAGACAAAGUAUUCCCAACCAUACCUUAGUCUUCCUGAGAACAAGAGCUCCAGUGUUUACAACAAACAGCAGACCGUCGGUCCUCUUUCAACCGAAGCUGCAUCUCCUGGGCCAGGUCAUGUUAUCUCAAAGUCCAGCUCUGGGGAGAGGGAAAGAGAGUGUCAAAUGAAGAAAGAUGCAGUUGUUAGGCAGCAGCCCUCCAGGCAGGUACCAAACCACCAGGCGGAGCAGAAAAACCCUGUCUCCACUUAUCACCAAGACAAUCCAUGGAUUAUCAUGCAAGAUCAAAAGAUCUGUCCAAAGAAGACCCCCAUGUUGCACUCUUUGGCCCAGGAGAGCAAGAAGAUGGCAGAAAAAUCAAUAAUAUCUGCCAAAGUAGGAGGCAAUCAAGAAUCAACCGAUUCCAUUGGUGGCAAACAGGGAAGACGGGGUGACCGCUUUGCCACUACUCUGCGCAAUGAGAUCCAACAGAAGAAAGCGCAGCUGCAGAAAAGCAGAAGUGCAGCUACCUUGACCUGCCCAAGCGAAGUUGAGGAGGACUCUGAUAUCUGGAAGUCCAAUGAGACCUCUACAUCCUCAUCUGAUGGUUCCUUCACCAACACCUACAAGGAUCAUCUGAAGGAAGCCCAGGCCAAAGUUCUGAAGGCCACAUCUUUUAUGAGGAAAGACCUGGAGCUCCCUGGGAAUGAAGCUUCAUCUGGCCAAGCUCCCAAAAGGCUUGGGCCUGGUCAUGGCCAUGUCAUGUGCAUUGGAGGACACAAACAGUUUUCCAUGGAUAAAAAAAUACAUUCUUUCUCUGAACCGAACAAGAUCAAUGAAGUAGGAGUUGAAGAUAAACUUGGGUCCUUUUUGGACAGAUAUAAAUUCUUUGAAGGUUCCUGUAAGCUGACCCACCAGAAGCCCAUUCUAAAGCAUUCCCUGCUCAGCCCCAGUGAAGACCAUGAUAAGAGAAAGACCAAAUUAAAUGAAGAUGGUGAAAGUAACCUCAGAGCUCCCAUCAAACAGAGUAAAUCAAGCCAUUCUAACCUUAAUACUGAGGAGCAAUGGCGACUGGGUACAUUUGCUGAAUACGAGGCUAAAUGGAACCUGCAGAAGAAGCCACUGGAAAAAAGAACCACUGGUAGAUACCACUCAGCUGAAAACAUUCUGGACUCAGGCUUGGAUGAAUCCAACAGUGCCGUGUGUAUUCACGAAAGAUCUCGUUCCUCACCUUCUGCUGACAUAUAUGGUCAGAAAAUCCCUCUGUCGCCCAGAGAGUCUGCUGUGGAAUCUCCACCUGAAUCCAAGGACCAACAGGAGACCUUUAUUACCAGUGCACCUGAAAGGGAGCAUGAUCCUGUUAGCAUCUUCGAGCCUCUGGAGUUAAUCACCCUGAAUGUUCUGGAAAAAGAACACGCUGCAGCUCCUCUUCUCUCGAACCAAAGACCCAGACCCGAUUUCAGGCACCCACCUCCCCUCUUCUUACAUAAUCUCCAGGUUCCUGUGUCAGAGCAAGAACUUCCUAAAAACAAAGGGCCUGAACCACAGGGGCCUGCCCAGCUCAGAGUGGACAAACAGUUGGAAACCAUGGGCCCCUCCAGAGUCACACAGAAAGUGCAUCCCAUUGCACAGGGGAUCACAGCAGUUCGAAAUCCUUCCCCUGACCCAACUCAAGGAUCUGCAAGGCUCUGUACCUCACCUUCCCCUUCAGAGCACCUGGAGAAAGACAUUUUCUUGACUACAUCACCAGAAAAUGGUCAGAAAUCUGACAGCGGGGGGCCGUUUUCACUUUCAGGUCAAUCCUCCAUUUCUCCCCAGAGGAAUGCUGACCUGACCAUAACCUCAGCCAACAGAACAUUUUCUCCAUCUCCUCAGUUCUUUCCACAGAGACUUACUGAUGAACCACCGACAACUGUGCAGAAAAAGGAUCCACAUAGUCAUAAUACAGAGGAAACAUCAGAAAUAAACACAGAUGGGUGCAAGGUCCCCAUACAGAUCAUCUGUACAGAAAACGGUUCAGAGAGAGACAAUAUGAACUCUCUGCUACAUGGCGAAUCAUUGGGAGGCCCUGAGGUUCCGAAAACUUUCCAACCAAAACAACUAGAUUCUCCAGAGCAACUGAAGACACUGUUAAGUGCCUGUGUUCACGUGGAGACCAACAGAAAUGCUGACAGAACUUCUUCAGAACGUCAAACCAACAACGAGACCGCAUUAGAAAACACAGAGCCAGUGAGGACCAACGGUGUGACCAAGCACUCUGAAGAGGACUUGAAACGAGAGGAACUGGCCAAAGAUAUCAUGGGAAAGGAUAACAGUCUGGUGGACAUUUUGGAUCAGAGUAAGAUGAGGACCACUAUGGAUCUGAUGGAGGGAAUCUUUCCUCAAGGGGAACAGCUCCUGGAGGGGGUGCAGCUGAGGAGAAAGGCCACCUCCAAACAGACACCUCCCAAAAAUACACAGCAGAGGGUGGAGGACAGUUUGACUACAUCAGUGUCGUUAGUUAGCAGUUCUUCAUAUUACAGCACAUCGGCACCCAAAGCUGAGCUGCUUAUAAAGAUGAAGGAUCUCAAGGAGCACAUGGAAGAACAGGAUUCAGAAGAUGAACUCGAUUAUGACCUGUCCAACAAGAAGCAAGAGUUGAUCGACAGCUUAAGCAAGAAGCUCCAGGUUUUGCGAGAGGCCCGUGAGAGUCUUCAAGAGGACAUGCAGGACAAUAAUCUUCUCGGAGAGGAAGUGGAGGCCACCGUACAGACAGUCUGCAAACCAAACGAGCUAGAGAAGUUCCGCAUGUUUGUGGGGGAUCUGGAUAAAGUGGUCAGUCUGCUGCUGUCGCUGUCCGGCAGACUCGCUCGUGUGGAAAACGCCCUCAACAACCUGGAAGAGGGAACGUCAGCCGACGAGAAGAACAAUUUAACAGAGAAACGCAAACUACUGAUUCGCCAGCAUGAAGAUGCUAAAGAACUGAAGGAGAACUUGGACAGAAGGGAACAUUUAGUGUAUGACAUUCUGGCCAGUUACCUGAGUGAAGAGCAUCUUGCAGACUACCAGUACUUUGUAAAAAUGAAGUCAGCACUCAUUAUUGAGCAACGCAAACUGGAAGACAAGAUUAAACUGGGUGAAGAGCAGCUCAAAUGUCUGAAGGACAGUCUGCCACUGGAUCAGAGACUGCUGUACUGAACAAUGCUACAUUCUAUACUAAUCUAUGCUAUGCUGUAAUGGACUAUACUACACCCUGAUAAACUAUACUAAUCUAUGCUGUGCUAUACUGAACAGUUCUACACUCUAUACUGAUCUAUACUGCGGUAUACUGGACUAUAUUACACUCUGAUAAACUAUUUUGAUCUAUGCUGCACUAUACUGGACAAUACUACACUCUAUACUGAUCUAUGCUAUGCUGUACUGGACAAUACUACACUCUAUACUGAUCUGUACUGCGGUAUACUGGAGUAUAUUACACUCUGAUAAACUAUUGUGAUCUAUGCUGCGCUAUACUGGACAAUACUACACCCUGAUAAACUAUAUGAAUCUAUGCUGUGCUAUACUGAACAGUUCUACACUCUAUACUGAUCUAAACUGUGCUAUACUAGACAAUACUAUGCUAUUUACUGAUCCAUACCGUGAUAUACUGGACCAUAUUACACUGAUAAACUAUAGUGGUCUAUACGGAGAUAUAGUGGACAAUACUACACUCUGUGCCGAUCUAUAAUGCAGUAUACUGGACCAUAUUACACUGAUAAACUAUUGUGAUCUAUACUGCGCUAUACUGGACAAUACUACACCCUAUACUGUGAUACGGUAUACUGGACAAUACUACACUAUACUGAUCUACAGUCAUGUGAAAAAUAAGUACACCCUAUGGAAAUUGUUGGCUUUUUUGACAUAGUUUGACAAGGAAACAUUUGAUCCUCUUUGAAACAGAUGUUUUAGGGUUUUCUUGCAUGUACUGCACUUUUCAAAUCCCCCACAACAUUUAAUGGUAUUCAAAUCUGGGCUUUGACUAGGCCAUUCCAUAACCCUCCAUUUCUUCUUUUUGAGCCAUACCUUGGUGGAUUUGCUAGUGUGUUUAGAAUCAUUAUCGUGUUGAAAAGUCCACAUCCGGUUCAGCUUCAACUUUUGGACAGAUGGCCUCAUAUUAUCUUCAAGCACUCUUGGAUGUAAUGCAGAAUUCAUAGUUGAAUCAAUGACUGCAAGCUCCCCAGUCCCUGAGGCAGCGAAGCAACCCCAAACCAUAACUUUCCACCACUGUGCUUCACAGUUUGUAUGAGGUUCUUCUGAAAAGCUGUCUUUGGUCUGUGCUAAACGUGUGUACUGUUACUGUGGCCAAACAACUCUAUCUUUGAUUCGUCUGUUCAGAGCACAUUAUUCCAAAAGGCCUGGUCUUUGCCUAUAUGUUCACUGGCAAACUGUAGUCUUGCUCUAAUGUUCUUUUUAGACAGCAAAUGGUUUUUCCUGGCACGCCUCCCAUGCAGGUCAAAUUUGUGCAAUCUCUUUCUGAUUGAGGAUGAAUGCACUUUGACACCAACAGUUGCAAGAGGUACCUGCAGAUCCUGUGAUUAAAUUCUGGGGUCCUUGGAGACUUCUUUUUUCAUCAAACGUUCUGUUCUUGGGCUGAAUUUGCUGGGAGGGCCAGUCCUGGACAAAAGUCGUUUGAAAUCUACGCAACUUGUAGAUUAUUUUCCUUACAGUGGAAUGAUUUAUCUAAAAUAAUUUGGAGAUCUUUUUAAAUCCCUUGCCGGACUCAUAGGCAUCCACAAUCUUUUUUCUGAAGGCCUUACAGAACUCUUUAGAUCUUGGCAUGAUGACACCACACACAUCAACAGCAAAGAGAACACCAGACACUGUCUGUGAGAGGUCUAAUUAAUACAGGUUCCACCUGCACUCCCUAAGGAAGUUCUAAUCAUUGGCACCCAAUUUUGAACAUCUGAUUCUAAUUUUAUGGAUUUGAAGGUGUAAUAAAUGUAGGGGUGUACUUACUUUUUCCAUGUGACUGAUCUGUUUUUUUUUUUUUUAAUUAUUAUUAUUGUUUUUUAAAUUAUGAAAAUGACUACAAAAGGUCAAUUUUAUGUAUCAUUUGUUUGAGUAUAUCUUUAUUAAUAGGCAAUGUUUCAAAGCGCAUCAGAUGUUUGCUUGUCCAAAUAUGUCAAAAAAAGCCAACAAAUUCCAUGGGGUGUACUUAAUUUUUCACAUGACUAUAUACUGCUCUAUACUGGACAAUACUACAUCCUGAUAAACUAUACUAAUCUAUGCCUAGCUAUACUGAACAACAGUACACUCUAUACUGAUCUAUACUGCACUAUACUUGACAGUCCUUCACUAUACUGAUCUAUACUGCACUAUACUGGACAAUACUACACUCUGAUAAACUAUUGUGAUCUAUACUGUGCUAUACCAGACAAUACUACACCCUGAUAAAAUAUACUAAUCUAUACUGCACUAUACUGAACAAUUCUACACUCUAUACUGAUCUAUACUGCACUUUACUGGACAAUACUUCACCCUGAUAAACUAUACUAAUCUAUGCUGCACUAUACUAGACAAUGCUGCACUCUAUACUGAUCCAUACUGCGCUAUACUGGACAAUACUGCACUCUAUACUGAUCCAUACUGCGCUAUACUGGACAAUGCUGCACUCUAUACUGAUCCAUACUGCACUAUACUGGACAAUGCUGCACUCUAUACUGAUCCAUACUGCGCUAUACUGGACAAUGCUGCACCCUAUACUGAUCCAUACUGCACUAUACUGGACAAUGCUGCACUCUAUACUGAUCCAUACUGCGCUAUACUGGACAAUGCUGCACUCUAUACUGAUCCAUACUGCACUAUACUGGACAAUGCUGCACUCUAUACUGAUCCAUACUGCGCUAUACUGGACAAUGCUGCACUCUAUACUGAUCCAUACUGCGCUAUACUGGACAAUGCUGCACUCUAUACUGAUCCAUACUGCGCUAUACUGGACAAUGCUGCACUCUAUACUGAUCCAUACUGCACUAUACUGGACAAUGCUGCACUCUAUACUGAUCCAUACUGCACUAUACUGGACAAUGCUGCACUCUAUACUGAUCCAUACUGCGCUAUACUGGACAAUACUGCACUCUAUACUGAUCCAUACUGCGCUAUACUGGACAAUGCUGCACUCUAUACUGAUCCAUACUGCGCUAUACUGGACAAUGCUGCACUCUAUACUGAUCCAUACUGCACUAUACUGGACAAUGCUGCACUCUAUACUGAUCCAUACUGCGCUAUACUGGACAAUACUACACCCUGCUAAAUUAUUAUUAAAUAUGCUAUGCUGUAACCAGAUGUAUUUUAUAUCAGCUUGUGUGAAUUGAUUUGAUUUCUUACUAUUAGUACAAAAUCAGUUCCCAUUACUGUACAAAUUCUUUGGAAGUGCUGUGUAGAAAUGCUGUAUGCUUUUUGUAUGUCUGAUUUUCAUUAAUUCCAUUUUUCUUUAAAAUAGCUUUUAAUCAUAGUUGAAUUCCUGCUUGGAAUGUUCAGGGAUAUUCUUUAUGAAAUCUUCUGUUUUUUUUAAGGAUCUCUUUAGGUCCACAUGAAAGUUCUUUUCUACUCGAGAGUGUAAUAGUAUAUACAUGUUUAUCUAAUUUAUUUUGCUACUGAAUGACAGAUUGAGCAGUGUAUUACUGUGCUAAUAACUGAAAGGUUUCUUUGCCAUUAGACCUUGUUACAUCUGGUUCUUCUUCUUAACUAGUAGCAAACUGCACAUUGAAUAGCUUGAUAUCUUCUUUCCGAUCCAGACUGAAACGUUUUUAAAGCUCAUUCUGACAUUUGUUUCUUACUUCCUGAAAUAAUCAUAAAUUUAUGGGAAGGAGCUUUAGAUAUGGACUGAGUUGUAUUCCAGAAUAUCCAAUUAUAUAUUUGUGGUGGAUAUUUCUGCUAUUCCCUUCUCACUGUGAACAAAAAUAAUGUGAACUGUAUAAACAACAAAACAUACUGGCAAGCAAAGUAUUGUUCAUAGACAAUACUGCAGUGUACUUACUCAAUUAAAUGGAAUGAAAACAUA